GCAGCUGGGAGUCCCACACUUCGCCCUCUCUCUCCCUCUCGAAAAAAUGCUCCAAGUGUAAUAACAACUCUCCACACGCUCUUCUCUGUUGUUUUUGACGCGCAUCUGUGGUCUGCUGUCGGCAGAUUACCAUCGGCUGGCUCAUGGUGUUGAGAGGGAGAAAGCUGUGAGCAGGAGGAGAAAGACAAGCAAGAGGGGAAAAACUCUGGCUGCGCCGCUUUGGAGUUGGACUUUCCAGCGUUAGAGAAAGAAAGAAAAAAGGGAGAAAAGUCCAAGGCAACUCCAGAGGAACAUCUGCAACUUCAGAAGAAAAAAGAAGAAGAAUCUUUUUUUUUUCCUUCAAGAAAAAGUCAAGAACAAGAAAAGAAGUAAUCCAGGAAGAAAUUCGUCCGUCUCCAUGAGGUCCUGAGGAAUGAGAAAUCACCAUGGAAACCCAGUCCCAGGCCAGUUCAGCAGCUGAGAAGAAGAAGAGGGUGGAGACCAUUGUGGCUGCGAAGGGCUCAUCGGCACGCACUGACAUCAGCGAGAAGGCGGUGGCCUCCAGCACCACCUCAAACGAAGAUGAGAGUUCUGGCACACCAUACCACCGCGAGAGACGCAACGCCAUCAGCUCCCAGGCCCAGACGCCCGGCGCCCUGGACAGAACCGUGAGCGAGGAACCCUCCACCUCCACGGAAGAGCGGCCGUCCCUGCUCAAGAAGGAGCUGCACAGCUCCCUGCCCCAUCUCUCCGACCAUGCCCUGCCCUACAGGGGCACGCUGUUUACCAUGGACCCCCGCAACGGCUACCUAGACCCGCACUACCCCGCGCCGCCGUUCUUCCCCACCUUCCACCCUCCAGUGCCCAUUGACGACAGACACGCCCAGGGGCGUUACAUCUACGAGCCGUCGCCCGUGACCCCUCUUCACAUGGCUCCGACGGUGGCGGGCAGUCCGGCUUUCUCCGACAUCUCCCUCAUUCGGAUCUCCCCCCAGCGGAACCCGUCGGUGGGGGCGGAGUCGCCCUUCCACCCUCCGCAUCCCUACAUCAGCCCGUACAUGGACUACAUCCGCUCCCUCCACAGCAGCCCCUCCAUCUCCGUCGUACCGGCCACCCGGGGCCUCAGCCCGGCAGAUGCGCCUCACACCGGGCUGACCACGGCCGACUACUACCACCAGAUGGCCCUGCUGGCCGGCCACCGCAGCCCGUACACCACAGACCUCCUCCCGUCGGUGGCGUCUCCAGCCGGGGCCGGCGGCGCCAGCGCCCUGCACAUGGAGUACCUGCAGGCGAUGGAGAAUUCCCGCUUCCCAAGCCCGAGGCUCCCGGCACGACCCAACAGGAAGCGGCCCCUCACCAUUUCGCCGCUCUCCGAGCACAGCCUCGACCUGCAGACCAUGAUCCGUAACUCCCCGAACGCCAUAGUUACCACCCUGAUGAACAGCUCCCGCUCCAGCUCCUCCACCAGCGGCUCCUACGGCCACCUCUCCGCCAGAGCAAUCAGCCCCGUGUUGAACUUCGCCUACCCUCCUUCUCCGAUGGCGCUGCACAUGCACCACCAGCUGAUGGGCCGCCAGACCGGCAUCGUGGGCUCCGCCUUCGGCCACAGCCCGCCGCUGGUCCACCCGACGCCGUCCUUCGCCCCCCAGCGGCCCGUGCCCGGCAUCCCCCCGUCUGGGCUCGGCGCCGGCGAUCGCUCGGCCGUCUCCAACGACUCGUCACAGGCCAAACCGACGAGUGAGUCAGCUGUGAGCAGCACGGGCGACCCGAUGCAUCACAAACGGUCCAAAAUGAAACCGGAGGACGAGCUGCCGAGUCCGGGAGCGGUGAGUGUGCAGGACCAUCCCGACGGGAUGACUCUGGUGAAGGAGGAAGGGGACAAAGACGAGAGCAAGCAGGAGCCGGAGGUGGUUUACGAGACAAACUGCCACUGGGAGAACUGCUGCCGGGAGUUUGACACCCAGGAGCAGCUGGUGCAACACAUCAACAAUGACCACAUCCACGGCGAGAAGAAGGAGUUUGUGUGCCGGUGGGAGGAAUGCUCUCGAGAGCAGAAGCCCUUCAAGGCGCAGUACAUGCUCGUGGUCCACAUGCGCAGGCAUACUGGGGAAAAGCCACACAAGUGCACAUUUGAAGGCUGCACCAAGGCCUACUCGCGCUUGGAAAACCUGAAGACUCACCUGCGCUCCCACACGGGGGAGAAGCCGUACGUGUGUGAACAUGAAGGCUGUAAUAAGGCUUUUUCCAACGCAUCGGACCGGGCCAAGCAUCAGAACCGCACACACUCCAAUGAGAAACCGUACGUGUGCAAAAUCCCGGGCUGCACCAAACGCUACACGGACCCCAGCUCCCUGCGGAAGCACGUGAAGACGGUACACGGGCCGGAGGCGCACGUCACCAAGAAACAGCGCGGCGACUACCCGCGCCCUCCGCCUCAGCUGCGGGAAGCCGGGGGCCACAGCCAGGGCAGGUCGCCCGGCCAGCUGCCCCUGGGUGGCUACACGGACCAAAAGGAGUACAACCACGCUACCUCAAAACAAGAUGAAUGUCUGCAGGUGAAAUCUAUCAAGACCGAGAAGCCGAUGACGUCUCAGCCAAGCCCUGGCGGUCAGUCUACAUGCGGCAGUGACCAGUCCCCCGUCAGCACCUAUCCCAGCAGUGGAGUCCAGCUUGCUGUGAGCGCCAGACGCUCGCCAGGGGAGGGGCUGGAGGAGGACGAGGAGGAAGAGGAAAACGACGAGGAGGUGGAGGAGGAGUGCGAGGGGGAGCCGGUCCCCGCUAUGGACUCCACGGUGUCCGCCGCCACCACAGCCAUGCUGACCCUGCAGGCGAGGCGAGGCAUCGGCCGGCCCCUGCGCUGGAUGGAGCACAUGAAGAUGGAGAGGCUGAAGCAGGUGAACGGAGCGCUGCCCAGGCUUGGGUCCCUGUCUCCCACGCCGCCCCCUAAGAGUUCGGCAAUGCCCAACAUCCUGGGGAAGGGAUCGUGCCUGGGCAGACAGUGGGGGGUGCCUGCUCCUCAGCCACCUGCUCACGCCGAGCUGGCAAACACGGAGCUAACCGUGCUCAGUUUGCUGCGAGACCGGCGCGACAGCAGCGGGAGCGCCGCCAGCUCGGCCUACCUGAGCAGCAGCCGGCGCUCCUCGGGCAUCUCUCCCUGCUUCUCCAGUCGGCGCUCCAGCCAGACUUCCCAGGGCGAGGGCGCAAUGCCGGCCCACCAUCACCGCCGCCUCCACAACCUCAGCUCCACCGACUCUUACGACCCCAUCUCCACAGAUGCCUCCCGUCGAUCCAGUGAGGCUAGCCACUACGGAGGUGGAGUAGCAGGAGGAGGAGUCGGAGCGCUCUCAGGCGGGAGUUGUGGAGGCGGAGGGGGAGUUGGCUAUGGAGGAGGAGGUGGGUCACGAGGGAUGCUCAAUUUAACCCCCGCACAGCAUUACCACCUCAAGGCCAAGUAUGCAGCUGCUACCGGCGGCCCGCCCCCAACGCCUCUACCCAACAUGGAACGCAUGAGUCUGAAGACCCGCAUGGCCAUGAUGGAGGAGGGUGGCAGCAAUCACAGCCUGCCACCUUUGGUCAGGGCGCCUUGCUGUGGUGAGGCCAACGGCGGGUUCAACAACGGAUUUAUGGGGCAUGCAGGUUACAGGAGGAGGGUCCUCUAUCCUGGCGAGGGAGCUCUGAAUGGGAGCCGAAGGGCCAGUGACCCAGUCCGUACACAGGCACCGGAAACCUUUAGUCUGCCUCCGGUGCAGCGGUUCAACAGCCUUAAUAAUCUCCAUCCUCUUCCCCCUCUGGCUCACAAUUCUUCGGCUGAAUAUCGGAGCUUUAACCUUCAGAACUACACGCGCUCAGAGGGCAACCUGCAGAGAGGCCUGCAACACUCAAACACUGGGAGCAUUGCAGAAAAUGCAGCCUUGGAAGCCCUGGCGAUGGAGGGGGAAGGUGAUGCUGGCUUGUUUCUUGGCGUUGAAGAUAUUUUGCCUGAUGACUUGGUGCAGUAUCUGCACUCCCAGGACCAGAUGGAUGGUGGCUCCUACCUGCAGAAUGAGGGGCAAACAGAUUCUAACCAAAGGGAUAGCUCCUAUCCAGCUGAGGAAGCGGGGGGAAACGGUGCCUUCCCUGGCUCUCACUAUCUCCAGCCUCAGCCGGUACUAGAGAGGAAGAGUCCGAGUAAGCUUCCCAUCCAGUGGAACGAAGUAAGCUCAGGAAGUGCCGACAGGUCUCCUCAAAGGGUACAAAGCCACGAGUUGCAGUGCGAGAGGUGGCCUGAACCCACAGCUGCAUCUACCGGCAGGUUACGAAGCACGCUGCUUCCUCAGCAGGCGCCUGUGGAUUUCCACAGCAGCUGCCCACAGGCUAACCAGCCUCAAAGUUCUAGCUACGGUCACACCGGGGUGAAGCUGGAGACGUUGCCUAACGCCUGCAUGGAGAUGAGAGGCACCGGAGGGUCAAACAUCUCACAGGGCAUCAAUAGCCCUCUUCUUCAAGGUCUUAGACAGCAGAUGCCCGGAGGGCCUUUGAAACAGUGCCAUUUCCAACAAAGCAACAGCAGGACCAUGUGGCAGGUUGGAAAUAACCUCAUGCUUACCCGGGCCUCCAUGGAAAGUCUACCCAGCCUGUCCCAGGGAACCGUUCCAGAUCACAACCGGCUGGUACACGCCCCGCACCCACCGAUCAGCAGUUACAAGAACCUGGUCAAAACUCAGAAGUACUUCAGUCCACAGAGCUCGAGUGAAAUCCACCCAAGCCCCGGCCAGCCCCAACAGCCACAGAGGAGUGGCGAUCAGUGCUCCCUCGUGUGUGACGUAUCGGGUCUGAAACUGGAGAACCUGGACCAUGGAAACUUGGAGCAGACCUUCGCGGAUUGUCUCUCCUAUCCACCAGCCGACUGCAAGUCUUCCUCCUUCCCCGCUUUGGAAGAGCAGAGUUUGUUAGAGUCCCUGGCUGCAUCCGAGGGACCAGGCAGGUGCAACAGGAACACACACGCCCUCCCCUCGCCCGGCACCGACCUAGUGACCAGCACGGUUGAUGGCCAAGUCCCAGACGUGUUAGACGAAGGCGUGACUCUGGACUUUGGUGCCAUAAUGGAGGACAGUUACGACCAGGGUAGCCUGGUCUCUGAGGUACUGAGCGCCUCCAUGUUCCAGGGCCUGUCGAGGACCUCGUCACGCCUCACCACCCCUCAAGGAGCCACCGCCUUCAACAGCGUUGCCCCCGGCCUCAGCAACAUGGCCAUCGGAGAGAUGAGUUCACUCCUGACCACCCUCGCCGAAGAGAGCAAGUUCUUAGCCAUCAUGCAGUAGCUGCUCCUUCUUCCAGCUUCCUCCUCCCCAAGGGAUAAAAAAAAAAUGGAAACAGGAAGAGAAAAAAAAAUUUGGUGUAUGUGAAGAUUAAGACUCGUACAGUGGCAAUCAGGUGGACUUUGUUAGAAGUCGCCGUUGCCAAGCUGUUUUUCUUUUAGGAAAAUGUCAUCCCCAACAGAAGAGGGAUGUGCCAUGAGUAUGUACAGAUAAAAAGUUAUAUUCCUUUUCUGGAAUCAAGGCAAUUUUCUUGAAAGCCCAUCUCUUUGUACGUGUCGGUGAGUGAAAGCUCAUCUUCCUUGAAUCAGUAUUGUGUAUCGUCACUGUUUUAGCUAUUUGUAAAAAAAAAAAACGAGAAAAAAAACGCAUGUCACUCCAGCUAAACCUCGAACGCCGUCUGCAGGACUGGACAGACACGCUCCGUGUGCCAACCUUCCUAACGCCACAGGUUACACGCCGAGGCAGGGCUCGUCGAGUGUGCCGGUGGCCCCUGAGGACAACUUUAGCAUUCGUGGUAUAUUCACAUUUGUUUGUGUUGCUUUUGUAAAUCUGUAAAACGUUUCAGUGCUUCGAGCAAGUUUUACCAAGUGGUAUUUUUGUCACAUGAGGAAAAAGACAAAAAAAAAAAAAAAAAAAAAAAAA